UUUCAAGGAGCUUGUGGCCCUAACAAUGUGCUGACUGUGUCGGACCGAGACAACGAUGUUGUUACUUCUUUCACCAUCGCCCAUGAAAUAUCCCACGCGAUCGGAGCUGUGCACGAUGGUGAAGGUUCCGCAGUGAGCUGCUUCGACGUCGGAUACAUAAUGAGCCCACUCAUGAUACCAAUCUCAAAUCCGUCCUACUCUCACUGCAGCAAAGCCGACAUUGAGAAGUUUCUGGUAGACACAGCAGCCAACUGCUUAUUCGAAGACACCAGCGAUCCGGGGCAUGAUUUUAAAAGGACAGCUAUGUGCUAUCGCUGCCUGCCAAAGAGCGAGGAACUGCUGCGUACUGCGACAGAAGGACCAUGCUCGUUUCGUUGCUACAGUGACUCCAAGUCUUCCUUUGUGCUGCCAGAACGAGACUGUGAACGCUGCAACAAGUCAAAUCUAGCUCAGACAUGCGACAACGGGAAGUGCAUUUAAAAUAAUAAAUUACUGCCGUGUAUACGGUGCAGGCAUUUCCACUGUAGGAUGUUCGUGUGCUUAUACGGCUCGGACAUAUUUCGAAAGUGAAGGCGAUGAAGAUGCUUUCUGCCACACACAAACACUCUCUUUAAGACCUAAAGGACCUAUGCAUAAACCAAAUAUGACUGAGGAACCGCCUCUAGAAUCAACGGCAAUAAUUAGCCUCC